AUGUCCGCAAAAGGCAGCUUGACAGAGAAGCCAGCUCCUUCAGCCGUGAUUGUCGGCAGCGAGAAAGCCGCGACAGGGUCGUCGUUAGAGACAACAACGACGUAUGAUGAACCAAAUCACGAGCUUCAUGCAAAAACAUUUGUCGCAGUCUUUGCUACUUGUCUCAUCUACUUUGCCCAGUUGGUGAGCCUGGUAGGAGCUGGUGCUCAAGGGCAAACCAUCGCCGGCCACUUCAAUGCAACAGAUAAAACAAGUUGGUUUUCGGCCACAAUCACCAUAAUGACCGUGGUACUGGGUCCUAUCGUCUCACAGGCGGCAGACUACUGGGGCCGAAAGUGGUUUCUUGUAGUUCCCACACUCUUUGGGGCGGUAGGCUCUAUCAUCGUCGCCCGAGCUUCAGAUGUAAACACCGCUAUUGCCGGGUUCUGCAUCAUCGGCAUCGCAUUUGGUACGCAGCCGCUUCUUCACACAGUUAUCUCGGAAGUUCUCCCGAGAAAGUGGAGGGCAUAUGGCCAGGCAUCGGCUAUGAUAUCCAACAGUCUAGGGAGCAUCACCGGGCUGAUCGUCGGGGGUGCUUUCAAUAGAACCAGCGACCCUGCUUCCGAAGGUUUCCGAUAUUACUUUUACAUGGCUAUGGCUUGGUACUUUAUCGCUGCCGUACUUUGCGUCGUGGUAUACAACCCCCCACAAAUAGAUAUCUAG